CCCAUUCAUUCCCCUCUGCAGCGUCCUCUCUCCUCCUCCUCACUUUCACCUCCUCCAUCGCAUCGUCUCCUCCGGCUUGUCCGCUCGUCGCCACUCGCAGCAAGUCCUUCCCCAAGAACAAAAAAAGUCGCUCUCGCAUCCUUCCCCACCAUGGCCGACUCCGGAGCUCCCGCCGGCGACGCCCCCGCGGCCGUCGAGCACCUCAACAUCAAGGUCACCGAUAACAACAACGAAGUCUUCUUCAAGAUCAAGAGAACGACACAACUCAAGAAGUUGAUGGAUGCGUUCUGCGACAGGCAGGGAAAGCAAGCCUCCACCGUCCGGUUCCUCUUCGACGGCACCCGUGUGCGGCCGGAAGACACCCCCGACACUCUCGAGAUGGCAGACGGCGAUACCCUGGAAGUCCACCAGGAGCAGAUCGGUGGCUAGAUAGAUACCUUCGUCGAUGAAUGAUGAUAAUGUCUCAAAUACAUCUAGCUGGUUGAUUACCUGGUUUCCUAGUCAUUUCCUACUCGCCAACCUACCUACCAACCCGUCUACUUCUUGUCACCUUUCUUCUUUUUUUU